AUGGGAAAUAUAAUCUCUUGCAUAGCGGAACUAUCACAGGAUGAUGAUCGCGGGUCUACAAGGAGCCACUGUAGCUGCUACAGCUGCAGACAUCGGUCAAGACACCGGCGUCGCCGCAGAUUGAGGGAGAACGGAAGCUGGAGACGGCGUCGUGACGACAGUCUCCUUGAUAGCCUGGUGACUUCCGUGGCUGACUUCUUCAAGGCAGAGACAGAGCAUACUAAAGCGCGAACCGAGCAAAGGAAAGCCAGAAGGAAAGAAAAGGAGCCAGAGCCAGCACAACCCUCUGUUGUUCCUCGUCAUCUUCAAGCCCAGCAAGCGCCUCAGCUUCCACAACAAUUUCCGCCUGCUCCUGCAGCGGCGGCGGCCGCGGCAGCACCGGCACAAAUGAUACAAGAAAUGUAUCAGCCUGCUGUUGCUGCAGGGGCACUGAGGGACAAUAUAGCAUAUCCAAACGCUUUUGCCAUGGGUAUUGGCAGCGGCGGGGCUGGUCUGAUGGGCGGUAAUGGCAAUCCGAAUCGAUUCGUCCCUGCAGCCCAGACGGCUUUCUCCCAUCCGUGCAUUGAUGAUCAAAAUGAGGAUACUUCCCCCUUGCGUCGCCAUGGGCGUUACCUCAAUCCUGACAGCUUUCAUACCGCAAGGGAAUUUUAUCAUAUAGCACAUUCACCAGGGCCUUCAGGGCGCAGGCGGAAGGGGAAAAGAGUAAAACGAAAUGAAGCGCCGCCCGAGAGUGAAGAAAGUGAGUGGCCGCCUGGAGAGAAGGGAUGGAGACUCCGAGCCAGGCAACCGAUGAGGAGACCGGACGUGGGAGAGAAUCUGUCAAGGUCUCCUGGAGUCGACCAUCCUCCUCCACAGAUACCUCCGCUCCACGGGGCUGCACGUAGAGAGCCAAUGUAGCACACAAGAUGCAUGAAGGCUUUUAGGGAGAAAUGAUCAGUGAAAGGUGGGAUGGGUGGCAUAUACUUCGGUCACAUUCUGUGCCCGGGUAAGCUGUUGCUGUUAUUUGUUUUUUUCUUUUCUUUCUUUCUUCCUUUUUUUUUUUUUUUUUCGGCUUUUUGUUUUUUUUUGGGGGGAUACUCUUUGUCAAAGCAAGGCCCGCAAACAAUUCAGGCACUGUAAA